CUGUAGGGUGUUGCUGUACUAUACGGUCUGCUGCUUUCGGAUCAACUCCAAACCAAAUAUCGCUUUAUAGCCGUAGAGUAAAGAAGUGAGUUUUCAUUCAUUCCGUCUUCAAAGUAAUUAUACUUCUGAAGUAUAAUUCUGAAGCAUUAUGCUUUACGCCACCAAUGUUAGAUGCUAAGUUGGUUUAUGUUAUUCCAGGUAUAAAUGCAUAAUCAAGUUGACUGAAUAACACAUGUCCUCUAACACAUGUUGCCUGGAAUUUAUAAUUACAAGGGGAACGUUUUCUUCAAUAAAGUUAAAGGACAUUUACGGAGAGAUUCCAUUCCUUCAGCUCUUCAAAGGCAUCGAAAGUGCGGUGAAAACAAAACAAGACGAAACAAACUAAAAACGAUGGGAUUCUUAUUAGAAAUGUUUUACCGAUUCUUGAUGGUUGUGACCCUGCUCGUACAACGGGUAGACUCCAAUGAGAUCUUAGGACUGAAGAUCCCCUUUGAUCCCAUUCUCAAUGCCAACACCGUGUGCUUGACCCUGCCUGGCCUAACCCGCCGACAGCUGGAGGUGUGCAUGCGGAACCCAGAUGUCACCGCAUCCGCCAUCCAAGGCAUCCAGAUCGCCAUUUACGAAUGUCAGCACCAGUUCCGAGGACACCGAUGGAACUGUUCCAGCCUGGAGACCAGGAACAAGAUCCCGUAUGAAAGUGCGGUCUUCAGCCGAGGCUUCAGAGAGAGCGCGUUCGCAUACGCCAUUGCGGCGGCGGGCGUGGUCCACGCCGUCUCUAACGCCUGCGCCAUGGGGAAGCUGAAGGCCUGUGGCUGUGACGAGAAGAGGCGCGGGGACGAGGAGGCCUUCAGGAUCAAGCUGAACCGCCUGCAGCUCGAGGCUUUCCAUCGGGGGAAAGGCAUGGUGCACGGCGUGAUGGACCACUUCCCGGCUGAUGCCCUUGGACCCCAGGACUCCUGGGAGUGGGGAGGCUGCAGCCCUGAUGUGGAUUUUGGGGAGAAGUUCUCACGGGACUUCCUCGACUCCCGCGAGACAUACAAGGAUAUUCACUCCAGGAUGAGGCUCCAUAACAACAGAGUUGGCAGGCAGGUGGUGGUGGAGCACAUGAAGCGCAAGUGUAAAUGCCACGGCGCAUCGGGUAGCUGCCAGCUGAAGACCUGCUGGCAGGUGACGCCGGAGUUCCGGGCCGUGGGUUCCCUGCUGAAGGAGCGCUUCCACAUCGCCACCCUCAUCAAGGCUCACAACAGGAACACAGGCCAGGUGGAACACGCCAACAGUCACAGCAACAGUCACUCCAACAGUCACUCCAACAGUCACAGCAACAGCCACUCCAACAGUCACAGCAACAGUCACUCCAACAGUCACAGCAACAGCCACAGCCAGAGCCACGCACCACACCGGCGCAGGCCCAACCUCAACGAGCUGGUCUACUUUGAGAAGUCGCCCGACUUCUGCGAGAGGGAGCUGGGCUCGGAUUCGGCGGGGACGCAGGGGCGGAUCUGUAACAAGACCAGCCCCGGGAUGGACAACUGCGAAAGCCUCUGCUGCGGCCGGGGCCACAACAUCCUGCAGCAGACCCGCAGUGAACGAUGCAACUGCAAGUUUCACUGGUGCUGCUACGUCGUAUGCGAGGAGUGCAGGAUAACCGAGUGGGUCAGCGUUUGCAAAUGACACAAACAAACGUAUGAAUAAGAAACCAAGUACUUGACUGACUUUGAGCAGGGGAAGACUGCAAGAUUCCGAUCCGCAAUGGACUGUUUGAGCUCUGUUAGAUAAAUGGGAGCAUGGAAAUGGAAGAUUGGAACUGUGUGGUGCCAUAGGAGCAAAAUAUGACAAAAGCCUGUCGCCAUAGUUUGGUGUUGUGUAUUUUUGCGUCUGCACCACAUUUUAUUGAGAAAGUAUUUUUGAGUGAAAUAAUUUAAUAGCAGGCUUUAAUUUAGCAAGAACUGAGCACUUGCUAGUAUUUAAAUAGGUUAUAUUAAUGAUGCAAUGAUUAUAUUGAUUAUAUUGUUCUAAACAUGAGCAUUGUUAUGAAAGAACUGCAUGGGAUUCUGAUAUUUUUGAAAGAAAUUAAACUGGACUACUAUAUGGUCUGGUAUCUAGAACAUGCCAGUGCCAGAUAGCAAACGUUCAGGCCACAAUGUAAUUAACCACAGUGCUGCUGAGGGAAGAGAGGGAUUGUCCAUGUCUCAUCACUCACCAGUGGCCCGUUCUGGUCAAUUGGGUGCCUACAGUCUGCACAAGCUGUUCAUUAUGUGUCCUCCUCUGACUCAUUGUUAAAUGAGUUUGACUGAUUAACUGAGACUGUUGUGAAACGAAGAAGCAGUUUAUCUUAUGGUUUGGAGGAGAAUGUUUGCUUGUCGAUUGUCUUACAGUUGGUACAGAGAUGGUUUCAGUGAUGAGCAUGAAAACAUAAAUAAAACUGAGCUUUCCAAACUGGGCAAAACAGUAUUAAUAUAUAUAUAUAUAUUUUAAACUGAAUAACUAGCAGGUGAGAAAAAACAAUGGUACUUCAUCUUACCCUCCUUGUUUUGACACUGUUGCUACAGUAGACUGUCAGUGUAAAACACUAGUUAUUCUGUAGAUAAUGGAUGUUUAAAAAUGCACUGCCAUUGUUCACAUAUGCUUGGAUUCCAUUAAAUCACAUUGCAGGUUGUGAAUAAUACCUUAAUUUUUAUUUUUUAUAUUUUUUACAAUCCAGAAGUCACUAAUACAAGUAUAGCUGCAGUUUAUGGGAAACGUAAUGCUUUCCAAAAUAAAUUAGCAACAAAUGACAGUGUAGUAGUACUGGGUUGGUUUCUAGAACAUGUGGGUUUUACAUUCAAGUUUUCAAUGUUCUUGUACUCCAUAAGAAAUUUGUAUUGACCUGUAUGGAAAUGAAAAACAUGGAAGGUCUGAGCUCAAAUGUGUUGUCAGGCGGUUUGAUAGUUAGAACACUAGUGCAGUUUAUUAUUAAUGUAUACAUCUAUUUAAGGUUUGAUGAAUUAUGUGUUAUUUUAUUUUUGUAAAUAACUUAAUAUGUGUAUACAUAAGAAAAAUAAAUAAAUAAAUAAGAAAGAAUGACAGGGGUUGAGGGUGAAAAAUAAAAUGGCAAAAUAUUUAUUUUAUGUGAAAAAUAAAAGGUGGGGAGAAUUGUUUUCAGACAAAUUAGUCUGUUAUGUUGUGAUAACUCAAAAUAUACUUGUAGUAACUGAGUCUUCAUUUCAUUGUUUAUAUGGUUUCUUAAAAUCAUCCCAUGAUCUAUUCUCAACUUCUCAGACUCAGUUUCCCAUUAAGGCAAUAACUGUGUUUCUAAUGGAGGGUUCCAUUUUAGUCUCAUUUCCAUUUAAACUCAAUUCCAUUUAAACGGAGAGUUGAAUUUCCAAUUACAGCGAGGGAUGCAUUUUUUCCAUUUAAAGCAAAUGCUUUUAAAUUGCUUGCUUUUAAAUUCAGUUCCAUACAAAGCAAAGAAUUUCAGAGCAGCUCCACUUAAAACAAGAAUAACAAUUAAUCUCAGUUUCAUUUCGUGCAAGGACACAUUUAAAGUCAGAGGUUUGAAAGGAAUUCAAGUGAGGAUGGUUACAUUUUAUUAUAAUUACAUUAAAUUAUUUGAUUUGCAAAAACUGAUUAGAAUAAUAAUGUUCAAAUCUCAGUUACUGAAGAUAUAUUUUUAAGAAAUAGUAUAAUUGGUAAUGACUCAACCACUUACACAUUUCCUGCAUGUCAUCCUUGUGAUUGUUGUUAUUUUUGUUGAGUAUCCAAAAGAAAAUAUUGAUGUCAUGAAUGUCAGCUCUGUGCAAGCU